AUAACACAACUGUUUACAUGUGGAAACCACUGCAUGAACUCCUGAUGCACCACCAGCUGAACUCUUGACUUUCCAUCAACCUCCCUGUGAAUGGAACCAUCAGAGAGGACGUUCUGUUGGGAUGAGGAGUGGAACAUCUCGUUUGCAGGUUGUGGAUUCAGGAGUAUGUAUCAUAUGGGAGCCAUGUGCUGUGUCUUGGAGCGGAUACCUCAGCUAGUUCAUGGUGCUUCGAAAAUCUGUGGAGCUUCGUCUGGAUGUCUCGUUGCUGCAGCUCUGACUGUUGGGAUUCCCAUUGAGCAGUUCUGUAUGGAUGUGAUGACGAUGGCAAAAGAGGCCAGAAGACACACACUGGGAGUUUUUCACCCGACCUUCAGUCUGCUGCGCAGAGUGCGGGUUUUCCUGCUGGAGAAACUUCCUGCGGACGCCCACCUCCGGGCCUCUGGGAAGCUCUGUGUGUCCCUCACCAGAAUGUCUGAUGGGAAGAAUGUUUUAGUGUCAGAGUUUGACAGCAGAGAAGAGCUCAUUCAGGUUCUCAUGUGCAGCUGCUUUUUCCCCCUUUACUGUGGUUUCAUUCCACCAUCAUACCGUGGAGUGCACUACAUGGACGGAGCCCUGAGCAACAACAUGCCCCUGUGUGAGAACAGAAACACCAUCACCGUAGCUCCAUUCUCUGGUGAGAGCGACAUCUGCCCCAGAGAGGGAACCCUCAACUUCUGUGAGGUGCACUACGGCAACGUCAGCAUCCAGGUCAACACCGGCAAUGUACACCGCAUAUGUACAUCCUUCCUACCUCCGAGACCUGAGAAACUGGCUGAGAUCUGUCACAAUGGCUACAAGGAUGCUCUUCGUUUCCUGAGAGAAAAAGAUCUGCUUGGGACACAAUGUCGUCCUCCCAGUUUGGUGGCACAAAUGGACACACUCACUUGCUGCGAGUUGAUGAGGAAAGUGGCUCGAGCAGAUGUCCCCAAGAAGAUCCUGCUGGACAGACUGAAGCCAACACGAGAGACCGAUCACUGGCCAGACCAGGACGUCAUAGCAAACCUCCCAGCAGAAAUCGACAGAAUCCUGUGUGAGGCUUGCAGGGAGAGUGGUGAUGGCGUCAGUUGGUCUUGGCUCACUGACUUCCUCCCAGUCAAAGUGGUCUUGUAUCUGCUGACCAUCCUUAUGCUGCCUGUGGAGCUGAUCCUUUUCCUCACAAAGAGCAUCAUCGAGGUGGGCUAUGCAGUCAUUUGCAGUCUCUUCAUGCCCCUCCCACACUUCUGCAGUAGAAGGAAGGAUACCAACAGCGCCACACCCCUGCAGCAAUGCAGCAAAAGAUCCAUGGAAACCAGACAGGAGACAGGAGACAUCAAUAACAGCAAACCUUUGACCUCAGUAAUAAAUCGGGGUUCCAAUAAUAAUCUCCACUGGGACGACAACAGUAACCUCAACCAUAAACAGUAAGAAACUAGGUCUACCAUCGGCUGUAUGCCUCUGCCUGACUGAUGAAGUCUGCAUACAUUUCCAAGACUCGUAUAAAAGCUGCUUAUUGACUUAAAAGGACUUGGGACGGAAUGGGACGGACAGAAGAAAAAAAUGAGCUGCACCUGACUUUUUGAAUCUUUGAAUUCAUGAACGUGCCUUGCUUUUGAGUGAACAUUUUGAAAACGGGGGAAUAAAUACAAUACCCAGUCCAAUAUGCCAGGAAACAGAAAAAGUAAAAUCCAUGAAACCUUAUUGACAUAAAUGCUUCACUAAUCACAGGCAACAUACUGUAAAGAAAGGUGUCCACCACUAUCCCGUGCCAAGAACAUGAGUGAGGGGUGCAAAUGUCUCCCACACAGUUGGAGCACAAAUGUCUUGACAGGUAAGUUGAUUAAAAGAGGUUAAAGACUGACAUCAGUGUCUGUAGGAAUUCAGGUUUGUGACACUGGCAUCACAUCAGAUUGAAUACAGUUGUUGUGUGCCAUCCUUAUUUUCAAUAAACAAGAGACAAGAUCAUCAGCUAAAAGCAACCAUUUUUCUUGGAUCUGUUUUCAUUGAGCCUGUGUAAAAACAUUAGCGUGAGCACUCAAAAGACUUUGAGUUUAUCCAUUGUUGCAAAAACACAGUUUGGUCAAGGCAGAGAAUGUUGCUGUCAUUUAUGUCAUUAUCAUUUGUGUAAAUCUAACUCUGCUUCAGUGUUUUUGUGGCACAGUGA